CCAGAAGUGGUAGAUACUACAUCAAGUGCAGGGUUGUGGGAUUCCCUUGUCUUUGUUGUGCAUUGAUCCAUACACCACAAAAAUAACACAAGGAUGAGUCAAGUCCAGCAUACAGCUUCUGGAAUGGACAGCCUCUAGCAUAUGCAAUCUAGGGAAGCAGAUGGUAAUUCCCCAAAUCUGGGAAUUCAAAUUUGACUAUACUGCUCAGUGGAUGAGCCUCUGCCUUUGCUAUAUAUAAUGGCUCCCUGUGCUUAACACUGAGUGACCAGUCACUGCUCCUGGUCCACCAAAGGGCUUCCUUCUAACUAAACAUUUUGUCAGAAAAACAAGCUGUGUGUGUAUAACUGCUGGUGCCAGACACAGCUGCAGCUGUGGAGAGAUACAACGGCUAACAGCUCCUUUAGCAUGAAAGCACCUUUGUGUGCUAUGACUGGUGGAAAAGGUAAACGGUUCCAGUUCCAGUGAACGGCCUCCCUGAACACAGAGAUCUCAGCUCUUUACAGCUCUGUAAAUCAGUGGGUGGGUGAAAAGUACAUCAGAGGGGGAAGCCCCAUGCUGUUGCUUGACAAUGUGUGGCCUCUUACAAAACAGAAGUGGUGAUGUUGCCUGCUACUUACUCCCAGUAUGAGUCAUCCACUGACAUCCCUUGAUGUUAGGUAUCACAGAAUAUGCCACUCCUGUUCCCAGAAGGAUCCCGCUACCCCAUAUCGUUAAUGCCCAAGCCCAUUCCCCUUCACAAAUGCGCUGAUGUGGCCAUUCCAGCAUGUCCCACCUGACCACUAAUGUUUCAGUUCUUGGGUACAAGAAGCCCUUCUGGGUUUGUCACUCUGGCGUUUAUUUGCACUAGGUGUGGGUGAUCAGGUGCCUCCCCAUGAGGACAGGCCUAGAAUAAAACUAAAUUCAGUGAAACGCUAUUGGCUGUACAAGCAUUGGCAGAGUGACUGAUGAGCAGGUCUCCCAAACUCAGUCCUUGGAAGAUGUGAUUUGCUAAGGAUACACCAGUAUAACGUAUGCCCCUGAGCAGGAGACAGCGUGCAUGGCAGCACAGAGAUACCAGUGUUCCGUCCUCCAAAGGUACAUACUAGUAUUACUCUUCUAUGAAAUAUCUGCUGUGGUGCCUGCUGAGAGAAAGGCUUCCUUUUCUAUCUAAAGGACAGAAAACUUUUUCUAUUUUGUUCACUUCUCUAGUGUGUUGCUACACUUUUUUUUUCCUGGCUUAGCUUAAUUCCUGCAUCGUAAUUACCAUCACUAGUGUGACCACUGAUUUCCAAGAGAGAUCAAAUACAUACUCAGGGUGUCAGCCCUCCCCUCUCGCUACCUCCCUUCUGUCCUUUGAGGCCCUGUUGUGUGUAGCAGGCAGGACUCCCAAGAGCAGGCUAGCUGAGAUAGUGGGAGGAAUACCGGCUGUUGGGAUGUUUAUAAUAAUGCUAUCAUUCAGUCACUAGGCUGAUGUUCCCCCCAGUUACUGAAUCUCCACUGACUGCGUUACCUGUUCCAUAGCACACAAGUGGUUCCACCCAUUUGACUCUAGAAGCAAUGCCUUGAGUAGUCCGAUUUACACCCUUCCACCAAAGCAGGAACCCUCCUUGCACCAAAACUCUGGAUGGACCUGGGACACUUCUGCCCCAUGUGAAUGAGGUGCUACUGCUCUUGCCCACCUCUUUGCCCAUGUGACCCUCAAACUUUUUCUCAGGUCUGAAAGUCUAAUUGAAUCAGUGACUUCCAAGCUCCUCUCAGGCCAGCUGCCCUUCACUUAGCACAAAGUGGAAUCAUCAGUCACAGAUGUGUAUUCAUCCUGCUCCUUGGGCGCUGCACCUGAGACAGGUGAGGUACUGCUGCCUUUGCUAUAUAACCAGCCCCAGGGCACCUACUGGUUGCUCUGUUGGAGCUUGCUCUGUUGGAGCUUGAAAUGAGUGCAGAAGCCGGGAAGAAGCGUGGUCAUGCUCCUGCCUCUGGGGACAGGAAGUCUAGGAGGAAGCCUAAGAGAAAGGAAACCUAUUCGGUCUAUAUCUACAAAGUACUGAAGCAGGUGCACCCAGACACCGGCAUCUCCUCGAAGGCCAUGAGCAUCAUGAACUCCUUCGUCAACGAUAUCUUCGAGCGGCUGGCCUCAGAGGCCUCGCGCCUGGCCCAGUACAACCGCCGCUCCACCAUCACCAGCCGCGAGGUGCAGACGGCCGUGAGGCUCCUGCUGCCCGGCGAGCUGGCCAAGCACGCCGUCUCCGAGGGCACCAAGGCCGUCACCAAGUACACCAGCAGCAAGUGACCGGCCCGGGCCUCAAUAAAGUCCCGCUGCACUGGC